AGAAUCCCAAAGAUUAGGUUAGGCGAAAAGAAAAUUCUAAAAAUAGGCACAUUUCACAAACCAAAGGAAAGACGACGUCAUUUGACCUCCAAUUCGAUACCUUACAGUGGGACGACCCGAUGGAUAUGUACAGCCUGUUUUUCUCACUGGGUCAAAGAGCCAACCUGCGGGUCAACCUUGGCAAUAAGGAAGGUUUUGCAAAGAAAUUUCUAUACGGGGCAAAGUUGCGAAGAUCCAAGAAAAUUGUGGACGGCGUGUAUAUUUGCCGGGGCGCCGCUGAUACCUGCUCGGUUGAUGAUCAACCGAGGAAGUGAAAAUCUGGGAGGGGCAGCGCAGCUGUAGCCAGAGCCAGAGCCGAAGAUUACCCCCGAGGAAGACGCGAGGGAGAAUGAGCUAUCUACUGCCGAAUCUGACGAAGAAGAAGCAGGUGGACUCCAUCAUCAGAGAUACAAUCGACAAGGUCCUCGUCCUCCGCUUCGGUCGCGCUUCCGAUGCCCUUUGCCUCCAGCUCGACGACAUUCUGUCCAAAUCUGCGCGCGAGGUCUCCAAAUUCGCAACCGUCGCUGUUGUGGACAUCGAUUCUGAAGAUGUCCAGGUCUACGUCAAGUACUUCGACAUCACAUUGGUUCCUUCCUCGGUUUUCUUCUUCAACGCUCACCACAUGAAGAUGGAUUCUGGGACUGCUGAUCACACCAAAUGGGUUGGUGCAUUUCAUACAAAACAAGACUUCAUUGAUGUCGUUGAGGCUGUAUUCAGAGGAGCCAUGAAAGGCAAGCUGAUAGUGAGCUGUCCCUUGCCUCCUGAGCGAAUACCCAAGUAUCAGCUGCUGUACAAGGAAAUAUAGGGUUGGCCUCAUUCAGAUUCAUGCAAUACUGGGCUUGUUUUGGAACCUCGUUAUAUAAAUGAUAAUAAUUUGGGUUCUUAGGGGGGGAUAGAAGAUGUGAAAAAUAAAUUUCAAGUCUCAAACCGACUGCUAUAUCUCAACAUAUUUCUGUAUAGAGCGAAACAUGGGAUUGACCUUCGAUGUGAAUGAAUAUACUGUUCUCUGUUUCAUGACGGCUCUUAUUGGAUUAUCUAUUUGAUAGGGAUGCAAUUCAAACAACUAGAGCUGGAGCCAGAAAGUCAUUGAUCUUGUUGCUAUGGAAUCACUAAGCUCAAACAUACUUCGAAAUUGUCUUCAUUUGUUUUCUUUCGUAUUACCGACUUUGCAAUAACAAGCUUGAUACAACGAAGGGGAGGAAUCAAGGCAUUUUCGUCCU